GCUCCAGAGAAAGAGAGAGAGGGAGUGGAUGUGAGCCAGCGGAACGUAAACUCAGCUGGAGCUUCUUUUCUCUCUCUCCUCAGUCCUCAGCUCCCAUCCGACAAGACUGCAAGCGCAGCACAAUAAGUGGACUUUAAAAAAAAGCACACAAAAGUUUUCUCCCCAACUUCAAUCAUGUUGUGGUUUUUGUGUGCCAUCCUGGCUUUGGCAGCGGACGCGCAAAGCUCCAACCGCUUCGUGGUGGGCUGCCCGGCGCGCUGCGACAAGUCCAUGUGCCCACGACCUCCAUCGUCCGAAUGCCCGGCGGGACAGACCCUCGACGUGUGCCAGUGCUGCCCGGUGUGCGCGUCCAGCGAGGGCGAGGCGUGCAGCGGCAGCGGCAAGCUGGGUGACCCGGUGUGCGGAGACGGCUUGGAGUGCUCGGUGUCCGGCGGCGUGGGCUUCACGGCCACCGUGCGCCGGAGGAGCAAAACGGGCAUUUGCGCGUGCAAAGACGUCGAGCCCGUUUGCGGCAGCGACGGAGUGUCCUACCGGAACGUCUGCGAGCUGAAGAGGGUCAGCCGCCGGGCGCAGAAGCUCCAGCAGCCGCCGGUGAUCUUUAUUCAGCGCGGGGCUUGCGGCAAAGCUCAAGACAACCCAGACAGCCUGAGACAUAAGUACAACUUCAUUGCAGACGUGGUGGAGAAAAUCGCGCCAGCUGUGGUUCACAUUGAGCUCUACCGCAAGAUGACGUACUCCAAGCGCGAGGUGGCCGUUGCCAGCGGCUCGGGCUUCGUGGUGGCCGACGAUGGCCAGAUUGUGACCAACGCCCACGUGGUGGCCAACAAACACCGUGUCAAGGUGGAGCUCAAGAGCGGCGCCAUCUACGACGCCAAAAUAAAGGAUGUGGACGAGCGCUCCGACAUUGCCCUCAUCAAGAUCGAGGCGCCGACCAAGCUACCUGUGCUGCUGCUGGGCCGCUCGUCGGACCUAAGGCCGGGCGAGUUCGUGGUGGCCAUCGGUAGCCCGUUUUCCUUGCAGAACACCGUCACCACCGGAAUCGUCAGCACCACCCAGAGGGGGGGCCGGGAACUGGGCCUGAGCAACUCCGACAUGGACUACAUCCAGACGGAUGCCAUCAUCAAUUAUGGCAACUCUGGUGGACCUUUGGUCAAUCUGGAUGGCGAGGUCGUCGGAAUCAACACGUUAAAAGUGACCGCCGGCAUUUCCUUUGCCAUACCCUCGGACAAAAUCCAGCAAUUCCUGGCGGAGUCGUACGAGAGACAGUCCAGAGGCACGACAUCUGGGAAAAAAAAAUACAUCGGCGUGAGGAUGAUGACUCUCACUCCAGCAUUAGCCAAAGAGCUGAAGACCCGACAUCGAGACUUCCCUGACAUCACCUCUGGCGCUUACGUCAUGGAAGUCAUUGAGAAGACGCCAGCUGCAAUCGGCGGCCUCAAAGAACAUGACGUGAUCAUCUCUAUAAACGGCAAGAGGAUCUCCACGGCCAACGAUGUCAGCGCCGCCGUCAAAAAGGACAAAAGCCUCAAGGUGGUGGUGCGGCGUGGUAACGAGGACGCCAUCCUCACCAUCGUUCCCGUGGUGAUUGACCCCUGACCUCUGAAACUGCAGCCAGGUUUUACUCAUCAGUGGUGGACUACACGGUCAUAGUGUGUGUGUUUGGGGGGGGGGGGAUCAGGGGGGGUUCUAUGGACACGCUAUCCUCCUGUGAGUUGCCAGAUUCUGGAAUAUUCUGGCCAUAUGCCUUGAAAAUGAGCGACUGUACAGAUUGCUGUAAAAAGCCAUGUUGUACUUCCUGUGUGUGUGUGUGUGUGUGUGUGUGCGUGUGUGUGUGUGUGUGUGUGUGUAGGUGGGUGUGUGGGUGUUUUCACGUUUCUACUCUUAUGGUCACCACCAAAAAACAAGAUGCUAUUGUUGUCUGUCUUCUCUUCUUUUUUUUUUUAUUAAAUAUUAUUGCUCAGUCAGGCCUUCCUCUGCACUUUUGUAGCUAUUUCGAGACUGGCUGAGCAUAUCUAAUGUGUAUAAUUAUUGUGUUCUAACCUCUUUUUUUACUGACAAAAAAAGUACUGUAGAAUAUUUUGUUGAUUAUGUGACGUUUGACUGGAAUAAAUGGUUUCGCCGAUG